ACAUGACAGUACGUCCCUUCUGUUCUGCUGUGGUCACAUGACACUUCGUGGAACAUGGCGGAUGACGAGGAUCGCGAAACGCUCCUUCCCGGGGCUGCCGGGUCUCGAAAGAGAGACAUGGCAGCGAUUUGCGACCCAAGCCGCUUCGCCCACAGAGUGGUAGUUUUGGCUCUCAUGUGCUUCUUGGGAUUCGGGAGCUAUUUUUGCUAUGACAAUCCAGCUGCUCUGCAAACACAGGUUCAAGCAGAUAUGAAGGUGAACACAGCAGACUUUAUGCAAUUAUAUGCAUUUUACUCUUGGCCCAAUGUUGUACUGUGUUUUUUUGGAGGAUUUCUGAUUGACCGAGUUUUUGGAAUUAGGCUGGGCACCAUAAUAUUUAGUUUGUUUGUUUGUGUAGGACAGGUCAUAUUUGCAACAGGAGCUUUAGUUAAUGCAUUUUGGCUGAUGGAAGCUGGGCGAUUAGUGUUUGGAAUUGGUGGAGAGUCACUAGCUGUUGCACAAAAUACCUAUGCAGUCAGUUGGUUCAAAGGAAAAGAACUGAACCUGGUAUUUGGCCUGCAGCUUAGUAUGGCUAGAGUGGGCAGCACGGUUAAUAUGAAUGUUAUGGGUCUUGUAUACAGUAGGAUAAAGGAUCACAUGGGUGCUGCUGGCUACAGUACACUUGGUGUCACCCUUAUGAUUGGGGCUGUAACCUGUAUUUUCUCUCUAAUAUGUGCUCUUGUACUUGGCUAUCUGGACAAACGUGCUGAAAAAAUACUCGACAAAGAACAGGGGAAAACAGGUGAAGUUAUACAGCUGACGGAUGUUAAGGAUUUUUCCCUUUCCCUGUGGCUGAUCUUUAUCAUCUGUGUGUGUUAUUAUGUUGCUGUGUUUCCUUUUAUUGGGCUGGGAAAGGUUUUCUUCAUUGAGAAAUUCCAGUUUUCCCCAUUACAAGCGGGUGCGAUAAACAGUGUUGUUUAUAUUAUCUCUGCGCCACUGUCUCCUGUUUUGGGAUUUAUGGUUGACCGAGUUGGAAAGAACAUUAUCUGGGUUAUGUGUGCCGUGGUUACUACACUUGCAUCUCAUCUCAUGCUGGCCUUUACCUUCUGGAACCCAUGGAUUGCUAUGAGUCUGCUGGGUAUCUCCUAUUCACUUCUGGCUUGUGCUUUGUGGCCCAUGGUUGCUUUUGUUGUUCCAGAACAUCAACUGGGUACAGCAUAUGGAUUCAUGCAGUCCAUUCAGAAUCUGGGUCUUGCUAUUAUUGCAAUUGUUGCUGGUGUCAUACUAGAUGCCAGUGGAUACUUGUUCCUUGAAGUUUUCUUCAGUGCUUGUCUCUGCAUGGCCAUUAUAGCAGUUGUUAUGCUGUAUUUUGUGAACCUUCUUAGAGGUGGUGAUCUGAAUUUAUCUGCUUGGGAGAGAGAAAAACUACAGAAACAAGCUGCCAUUGAAAAUGAAAGUUGAAUAGCAAAAUUCUCCUUCAAGCAUGCAGAAUGCGGUCAGCAACAUGUCCACUUGAAGUCUCCUUAACUUGACAUAUAGUUGCAACAACACUGCAGACUUUCCCUACUUCCUAUGUGACUGGAUAUGAGAUCUUGCUAAUUACCUGACAUGUUUAGAUUUUAAGCUCUAUUUUAUAUUUAGAUUUUAAUAUAAAAAAAAAGGGACAGGCCAUGUGGCCAGGUACUUCUGGUACUAACAAUAUUUCCUCCUCAUCAAGUCCGAGUACUGUACCUAAUACCUCCAAAUGGUAUGUGUCAGAGAAUACAUGUUUCUGGAGUAGUUGUUGCGCACCGAGCUGUUGGAGCUACUGUAUUGAUUCUUACAGUACUUCCUCUGUAUGGAGAUUAGAAAGCAGUACAUUGCUUCUGUGUUUUAUGAGCACUUAAAGCUUCCACUGGGACUCCAUUCUGAUUGCACUUAGAACUGCUUUUACUUCUUCAGUUAAUUUAAAUGCAAUGUUCGCAUCUAGUUUUUAAUUUUUCUUAGAUAAUUGAUUUUAAAUGCUGCAGUUACUUGCUGGCAUGAAAAAAACCACUGGAGUUUACUUACAGAUCAAAAAUCUGCUUUUUUAAUUUUUUUUUUAAGCUUUCAUUUUGUUUUGCACGAAUCCAGCUAAAGUUAGAUUUCAGCUGUCUGUUACAUUCAAUUUGUGAAAAGUAUGCAUAAAAUGUAGUGCAGGUAUGGGAUCCUUUAUCUGGAAACCCGUUAUACAAUAAGCUCCAAAUUAUGGGAAUGCCAUUUCCUAUUGGCUCCAUUUUUCUCUGUAAUAAUAACUCUUGUACUUGAUCGCCAAAGAUAAUGCAUCCUAUUGGGUUUAUAUAAAUGUUUUUUUAGUAGACUUAAAUUAUGGGUGUACAAAUUACAGAAAGAUCCCUAAUCCAGAAAACACCAGGUCCCAGGCAUUCUGGAUAAUAGGUCCCAUGCCUGUUUCUGUACCAGUUUUUUAUGUGGAAGUGGAUGGGUGUAAUGUGAAAGAAUGCAAAUAUUUCAGAUAAAUAGCAGUUCUUCUCAGAAUAUAUCAGAAAUAACAUGGUAAUCACCCGGGGGUGUUUCAGAGCCUAGCACCACGCUGAGGUGGUCUAGGUAAUGCCGCCCCCCCUUGCCCUUCUGUGCUUAGGUGUUGUGCAUUGAGGGGGGUGCAAUAGCACUUUCUACUCUAGAGGAACCCAAAUUUAAAAAUCAGAAUUUCAGUCUUUGAAGUUAGCAGGAGCAUCUUUUUGCCACCCUUGAUAACUUCAGGGGUGCCUCCACCUCAUGGCAGCAGCACACCUGUAAUCGCCCAUUGAUGAACAGCUUUCCUUUGCAAUUAAAAGGGAAAUGUCAGUUUGAACCCAAGAGAAGUAUAAUGCAUACACUAUGGGAUCAUCCUCCUCCUGCCAUAAAUAAAAGGGAUCUUGCGGUCACUAUUUUGUGAUGUGGCCUUUCCCUCAAUUGGCCUUUUUUGAAGGCAGAAAGUCAACAUCCAAAGAAUUGCAGCCAGUAGAAAUCGCUGUUUUUAAAUGGAGUCUAAAAACAAAGAUGUCUAUUAUUUGCCAACAUGUCUACAUUUGCCAAUAUUUAAAAACAAUUUCCAGGGAUUCACUGGGCCUUUGUGCCAUGUAACAGCGGCCACAUCCACCAUGUAUGAUGUACUACCUGCAUUAUAGUGGUUAGGGCAGUUCUUAUUUUUUUAAGGGCAUACCUUAGAGCCCUAUAUUCACUAUUAAGGGAAGUGUAAGGCCAUUUGAAUGCAGCAGCAACAGCUAAAAUUACCAAAAAAGGAAAUGUAAGAGUAAGAAUAAAGUGUUAAUAAGGAAAGAGUUAUGAUUUAGUGAAACUGUUCUGUGACCUUUCCCUUCCUUGUUACUGCAUGGCUAUAAAUGAAUGUCCUUAUUCAUUAGUACUUAUUACAUUAUUACUGCAUCAUGGUGAAGACCUGUACCUCAGGAUUUGACCCCCCCAAUAGCAUCAUCUUACUGAUCUUAGUUGAACCUUUCCUCUCAUCAAUGGUCUUAUACAUAUUCAGUGUCCUGUGGGCCACUAAAGUGAAACUAACCUAGGGGAGUAUCUCAGAACAUCAUUCUUAGUAUGAAACUUUCAGGCCAAUGACAAACCUAACAUUUUCUCUGCAGUCCUAUUUACACAAGAGGAGAAAAGCAGAUCUGCUGCCUUCUCUACCACUUACAUGUGUUUUCUGACAGGCGAUUGGCCUUUUAGCAAACACACAGAAUUCCCAUGCUUUAGGGCUAUAGGGCAAAUGGUUGGAUAUGCAGCAUGACAAAAAUGUGGUUGAUACCUUUAUUGGCCAAGAUGAUAAUCUCUAACAAGCUUUCAUAACAUUUCAUUUCUGUUUUCAAAAGCAAUUACUUAAAAAAAAAAAGGAACUGAAAUGUUCUGCAGGCUUGCUAGAGAUUUGCCAGUAGGUGUCACCACUUUUAUUUUAUGUUGCAUAUCCAAAGUUUUACCCAAUAACUUUUUCAACUGGCUAACUAAUUUGUAAUUAGUAUGUAAAAUACAGACUGCCCCUGGUUUCUGUUCAGCCAUGGAACUCCUAUCUGAACUCAUUACUAACCAUCCCUUUAGUAUGUGGAUAGGAUGGGGCUGCUAGAUAAUAUAUGUGAACUGAACACCUCUGAUUUAUAAAUGCUGCAUGGCUUUACUUGUAUUCUGCAUAUGUAUUUAUCUCACAUGUCUAAUGUAAAGUGGUCCAAAAUAUGACUAAACUGACCAAAUCACCUCCAUUAGUAGCAACUCACAAUAAUAUAUUUUGUUGCUCAGUAAUGAUUUUUAUUCAACCCUGACUGAGUGUAGAAUGUGUGCAUCUAUGAUAUGUAGUCAACUCUUUGAUGCAUACAAAAUGUGCGCUGCAGGAGAACAUUAAAAUCAUUGCUGCCUUCCGGCAUGCCUCUGUUUAAAGGCUUGAUGCAUGUGGCUAACUAUAAAAUACAUACAUUGAAUUGAGUUGAUACGUAUGCAGCAUAGUUAUUCAUGUUUAAACUUACAUGUUUAUAAAUACAGACAUGUUUUGUUAUCUGCUGCCCUGUGAUGCACUCACAACUGACCCUGUAUGCAAAGGAUAUUUGUUCAGAGUUAGUACAUGUUUAAGGACAAAUUAUUCCUUAAAACAUACCAAGCAAACUGACUAGUUAAAAAUGAGUUCUGAUUAAUGGCCUUCAUGUAAGUUCUUCAGCUUGGUAACUGAAGUAUUGCUAUCAUGAUCUGCAGAUACUGGGUUGACAAACAACGUUUUGGGAACUGACCUAUUUAUACUCAAAUUUAGUAUAUUAUUGUGCAUUACUGUAAGCAUGCAACAUUUUGGAAACUGACCUAUUUAUACGCAUUUGGUGUAUUAUUGCACUUUACUGUAAUGCCUUAGGGCAAUGGCACACGGGGAGAUUAGUUGCCCCGCGACAAAUCUUUGUUACUGUGGGCAACUAAUCUCCCUUCAAAGCCAUCCCACCGGCAAGAAUGUAAAUCACCAGUGGGAUGGCAUACACGUCACUUUGUUUUCCCGAAGUCGCCCGAAGUUUCCUCUCAAGGAUAAGCUCUCUUCGGGAAAACGAAGUGACUUAUCCCAGCGAUUUACAUUCUUGCCAUUCUUGGAUGGCAUUGUGGGGGGGAAUCGUCGCCCGCGGUAACGAAGAUUAGUCACGAGACACUAUUGUACUUUUCAGGCUUUAGAUUUUCUUUAUUAUGAAAUAUCCAAAUGUAGCAGAAAAAAAAAUGCCAAAAGUCGCCAGAAAGAAGUCAAUUGUCUCGAACAACUUUAUUUUCCAUUAAAACAUUCAAGAUUUUCAGCCUCAUUGAAGAUAUAUGGAACAAUGCAAUUCUUGCUUGUAUUCCAUAAAAAAACAGGACUGCAAAUAUUCUCUUGUGUUUUCUUGAACAAGGAAGUGUUUAAGACAUAAAAUGUGAUACAGAAAAAAACGUUGUGCAUUUUUCUGUCACUACUCUUUUUGUCAAUUUUGUUUCCAAUAUUUACUUGACUAAUCAACCAAUCAGAGUAGACAUUUGGCUAUUGCUCCAUUUAAACAGGUCAUGAUUACAGUUGAUUUUGUGAUCCCAGUGCAUCAUCAGCAAAAUAUCAAGUUGUUCCUGCAUCUUUAUAGGUAUAUACAGGCACAGUGUUCUAGGCGUAUUAUCCGCUGUGGGGUACAGUUGCUAUGUUUUGGUUGUUUUGGAACAUUUGUAGGACUGGCACAUCAUAAAGCUAUUGGUUCUACAGGACUGUUUGCCUUUGGGUACAUUAUGGCAACAUAUAUAUAUAUAUAUAUAUAUAUAUAUAUAUAUAUAUAUAUAAUGCAAUGUAUAUAUAUAUAUAAAAUAUUGGAGCCCAUAGUAUUUAUGCUUUUAAGCUAUCAUAGGUCCACUCUUUAUAUCCACGGUGUUACAAUUGAAAAAAGAUUGUAUAGUGACUAGAAAUGUAAAAUUUCCAUUUUGAAAGAAAAGCCAGAUGUUUUACUGUUUCUAAAGUCAGUGUUCUAUAGAGGAGAAUUUGCGUGUACUGUAUUCUAAAGCUCGAUUUGGGUGUUACAUUCCCUCUAAUAAUUACAUUCAUUGGCCUUCCAUUUAUUUUAAUUACAAAUUUUCUGCAAAGCUUCCCUCUAGCAGUCCAGUUAACCAUGACGGUUUUAUGAGUCUCUUAAUUCCAGAUUACUUUGUAUUAUUAUUAUUGUUUUUAUUUUCAACUGAUGAUGAGGUUACAUUCCAAUGUGUAGGGAAGCAAAGUGUCCCUAAAGGCUAGAAAAUGAGAAAUGCAGUAAUAAAUACAGUUACUUGGUAAACUUGUACUGUAGGAAAAAUUGGAUGUCCUGUAGGGAAUAUUGUACAAAGAGGCAAUGAUACCUGUACCACAUUAUUCAAUAAAAUAUUUCUAUAGCUGUUAUUUUAUAUAUUUAUAUAAUUUACCCACUGAAAGCAAAUUGAGUAAUUUAAUAGUUGCCCUCUAAUGCUAGCAUACAAAUUUUUGGCAACUUCUGAAGCAUUUUUCACAGCCACCACUGCCUGCUGAAUAUUCAUACUCUUUUUAGCAUCACACAGUAUAACAUUACCCUGCUAAAAUCAGUGUGUACACACAUUGCUGUUUUACAGUAGAUACUAUAAGGGUGUUUAGAAUUUUUUUUUUAAUUUGUUGAACAGUACUUUUGCUCUUCUUGGCUCUGGGGUGGGGUUGAUGGGCCUAAGUACAGUUGAGGGUACAUUUAGAGCCUGAUAAACUUGAUAAACAGAAACAUGCCUAAGGUUCAACCAUGAUCAUUUUUUAAACUGCACAUUGCAAAUGGAACCAGUUGUUAGUAACAUUAAUGACAACUUCUAAGGCAAACAUGCAGUCUUACUAAUGCAAGAAAGUGUAUAUGUUCUUUUGGCUUAUAUUAUAGAGCCAUUAGGCUUUUUGGGAACUGUAGAUCUAAUGACCAAAGCUUGUAUGGUUGGGCCAUAACUAAUGUCUUGUGUGUUUAUUACAAAAGAAAUACCUAUUCUGAUAUGAAUGUAGCUGGAACUAUGGAGCACAUUUGUUUAUUGGCUUCAGUAAUCUUUACUGUCUGCUAUUUGGUUUAAACUCAGGGGGAAGUUAUUUUUUAUGCCACUUAUGAAAAGACAAUUGCUAUAUAAUACUUCAUUUAAAUGUUUGCUUAUCCCACUUAUGACAAAAGUGAAGGAUAGUGUGUUUAUAUACUUUACAGACAUAAUACUGCACUUUUAAUAUUUGAUUUUACAAAAUAAAAUGAUUGUUAAAAAAUAAA